AAAUGCCUAGUCAUUGCGAUGAGGUACAUGUACAACAAACCGUCGGACAAAUGUUUUCUGGCUCACCUUCCUCUCACUUUCUCUGUCUGCCUUCCCAAAUUUGCUGCAACUGUGAAGUCAAAAGAAGAUAUCCUCGGUUUCUCUUGCUGAAAGGAGGGACAAGACCGCCAUGGGUGGGGCUGGGAGCUGCAGUCUGGGUUGAGAUAGCAUCGGGCAAUGCGUACACCUUCCCACUCUACUCCCAUGCCCUGAAAUCGGUUCUGGGUUUUAACCAGCACCAGCUCACCAUGAUUGGCGUCGCCAACGACAUCGGCGAGAACGUUGGCCUCCUUCCAGGCUUAGCCUGUGACAAGUUCCCUCCUUGGGUUGUUCUCUCUAUUGGUGCGCUCGCUUGCUUCUUGGGUUAUGGUGUUCUUUGGCUUGCUGUCAGCCGUACUGUUCAGUCCCUUCCUUACUGGCUGUUAUGUCUUGCUCUUUGUGUUGCUGCCAAUAGUAAUGCUUGGUUUUCCACAGCUGUUCUUGUAACCAACAUGAGAAACUUCCCUCUUAGUCGAGGCACUGUUGCAGGUAUUCUCAAAGGUUAUGUGGGGCUUAGUGCUGCAGUAUUUACAGAAAUUUACAGUGUACUGCUUCAUAGUUCCUCUUCUAACCUUUUGUUGUUCCUCGCACUUGGAGUUCCUAUUCUAUGUUUCAUUAUGAUGUAUUUUGUUAGGCCCUGUACUCCAGCUUCUGGUGAAGACUCCGUGGAAUGUUGCCAUUUUUUUUUCAUCCAAGCUGCAAGUAUUGUGCUUGGCUUGUAUCUUCUUACAACCACAAUAAUGAGUGAUGUGCUUUCUUUAAGUGCUUCAAUUUCCUAUACUUUCAUCUUUAUAAUGAUUCUCCUUCUCAUGGCUCCGCUUGCAAUCCCUAUAAAAAUGACAUUUUACCCCAUGAGAACAAGCAAAUCAGCGACACUAGACCAACCAAUUGGGUCUUCAGACCGUCUGGUUCAAGGAGAAGGCUGUGUGGACAAAACUGAACCACUGCUGAAACCAUCUUCAUCAACAACAAAUUUUGGCAGUUUUUGUGAAAGUGAUGACAUGUCUGAGGUGGCUAUGCUUCUUGCUGAGGGUGAGGGGGCAGUGAAGAAGAAGAGGAGGCCCAAAAGAGGGGAAGAUUUUAAAUUUAGCGAAGCUGUUAUCAAGGCAGACUUCUGGCUUCUGUUCUUGGUUUACUUUGUUGGGGUUGGUUCUGGGGUGACUGUCCUUAACAAUCUAGCGCAGAUAGGGAUUGCACAAGGUGUGCAUGAUACAAAGAACUUGCUGUCUCUCUUUAGUUUUUGCAAUUUUGUGGGUCGUCUUGGUGGCGGAGUUGUUUCUGAACAUUUUGUCAGGUCUAGGACAAUUCCUCGGACGGUUUGGAUGACAUGCACCCAAAUAAUCAUGAUUUUUACAUACCUUCUGCUUGCUUCUGCGAUUGACGGCACCCUUUAUGUUGCAAUUGCAUUUCUUGGGAUUUGCUUUGGCGUUCAAUUUUCUACCAUGAUCCCAACUGUCUCUGAGCUAUUUGGCCUGAAGAAUUUCGGUCUACUAAGCAAUUUCAUGUCAUUAGGUAAUCCUAUUGGUGCAUUCCUAUUCUCAGGUCUCCUAGCCGGAUAUGUAUAUGAUAAUGAGGCGGCUAAACAGCAUGGACUUAGGUUCGGUUCGAGUCUCUCCUGUGUGGGUCCAAAUUGUUUUAGAAUCACCUUCCUGGUUCUGGCUGUUGUCUGUGCAGUGGGAACGAUCUUGAGCAUUGUUCUGACCCGCAGGAUAAAGCCUGUUUACCAAAUGCUUUAUUCAGGGGGUUCCUUCAGGCUGCCUCCAAGCACAAAUCAUUGAGAUUGGUGGUGUGGGGCAUAUAUCUUUUCCAAAGCCAGUUUACUGGGGGACAUCUUCCCUACUACUUUAUCUGUAUUAAGUUUGCCAAUAUUGAAUAAUCAGUGCAGUGGAUGUUUGGGCACCAGUCAUCAAUCCAAUUUAAGAGGUUUUAAUUUUGAAAAUAAAACAGAAUUGUAAUAUUCUAUAGAUGAAAUAAUAAUUGUGGAUGGUUGUAAGGAAAUGUGUUGAUAUUUUUGGUAAUAA